GCGGAUCUGCGCUCCGUCCGCCGUGAGGGCGGCGGCGGGAAGGGCGCGGAGCGGACGGCCGCGACUGCGAUCCACAGCCAGGGGACCGGGACCGGCCAGCGUGGGCUCGUGAAAGGCUGUCCUGCCUGAGCAACCUCGUCUCCUUUGCGAGCAGGGGACGGGACAGGCUGUGGAGUAGUCUAUAUGGACUUAAGCGAAGCCCUGGAUUGCCUCCCACAGCGUUCUCCUGCAGAAGCUUGGACGAGUGCGCUCUUCGCUGGGUAGAAAACUGGCUGGGGGGCCGGGUCCCGAGAGUGGUGGUGAAUGGGGUUACACCUGGGUGGGAGCCAGUCGCAAGUGGUGCUCCUCAGGCAUCAGUACUGGAUCUGGAACUGUUCAGUAUCUUUACUGAUGAUUUGGGUGGGGGAAUUGAGCGCACUCCCGCUAUGUUUGCCGGUAACAGCAAGCUGGAAGGAAGUGUGCAUCUGCCUGGGGGUAGGAAGCCCUACAGAGGGAUCAGGACUGGCUGGAUUGCUGGGCUGAGGCCAACUGGAUGAGCUUCGGCAAGAUCAAGUGCUGAGUCCUGCAUUUUGGUCACAAAAAUCCUAAACAUCACUGCGGUUUUGGAGCAAUGUGGCUGCAGAGGAAAAAAUUUUGGUGUGUCAAUUGAUAGGCAGCUGAACACAUCUAUGAUUCUAAGUUAUUACUUGUUUGCCACUGCCAGGGACUUCAAUUCAGCUGGUAAUAGCAGAAGUGAAAACAUUUCUUAGUAAAUAAGUAAUUUUAAAAAGCGCUCUGAAGUUGAACUUCAGUCUCAACUUUGCAGGAACAGCAAACAAAUGUAGCACGCUUGUUAGCUGGUCGUGUCAGUGGGACACAGAAACCAGCUGUGCAUUAACAUUGCAGCUAUGGGUCCCCCACAGAAGCAUUGUAGAGAAGGAUUUAUUAAUCUGGUGGGCUCAGACCUCUAAAAUGUAACUAUUGCUAUUGUGGGAAUCAAAUGGUGUUUCUGCAUUACAAUAAGAUAAGAAUUUUUUAUUUCAUGGCCUCCGCUGCCAUAGUUCUUUCUGGGAGUCUACUUUACUUGGAGGGGGUCUCUGAUAGUUUGCAUCACUUAUCCUCUAGAUGAACCUUCCCCAGGAAUGCACGCUCAGUAUAUAUGUAAUAUUUUGUCAUACACAAUGCAAGAAUAUCCUGCACGAGGUUGAUCACAUCUGAGAACAAGUGGUGAGAUGCCCAGGGAAGCGCCUGAAGAGACACUGAGAAGGCACCCUCCUCUCCCCCGGUGCUCUUUGUUUAAGGAAGACUUUGAAGAAAAUCACCAUAUCAAUGCGACAGGAAGAGCACUGAGACAUCUUGGAAACAACAGGAUGGCUGCUGGCUGACACCAGUUACAUCCUGUUUUGUUCUCCAUAUCCUGACGCAAAUACCACGGCCGUUCUGGUUCCACAGAUUUCUGCAAGUUUUACAGAACACCUGAUGCUGACUUACGGAACAGACUCCAUAACCACGAGGUAGUUGUAGAGCAGAAGAUACAAAGGGAGCUUCCUGGAUGCUCCUCUGUCUACCAAGAGCCCUGAGGACAGCUUUCAUAGUCAGCCACCUGCAGUGUUGUCUGAGCACCAUGCUCGUGUCAAUUCAGACUAGUUAUCCCCUGUUAGUAGUUAUCCCCUGAUGACUGAAGUUACUGCUGCACAAGAGCAAAGCCUGUAUCUCUGAGUCUUAGCAGAUUGCAGUGCAUUAACUCCUAGUUUAGGAAGACUCAUAUGAAGCCUGCUAGAAACCAUUUAGAGAAGCCAGUCUUCUUCAGAUUCUUCCCCCACGGCUUUUCACUUGGUGAAAAAGUUCCUCUAAAUAAAUUAAGACUGUUUCCACUAGAAGGACAUCACAGACAUGAAACUUGCAGUGUCUGUGAAGCAUUCUCUGUGCAAGGAGAAAAAAAAUAACAGAAAAAUUUUCCACCAGUGUGUCAUAAUUUGUUUUUCUGGGAGGUUCACCAAAAAAAUAAAAAAAAGGAGAAGAAACUUUGAGCAUUAGCAUUAGAGACAACAGCCUGACAGGCCCAUUUUAUCUCUUCAGUAUGUUUCAUGACAAUAGGUAUUAUAUGUAAUUUAAAAGGUAUAUAUUUUCAAUCUGACCAAGUUAAAGUUUAGCUGAAAAUUUCUUUGCUGGCUCUCUGCAUCUGAUUCUGCAGCCUGGAGAGAACAGGCACUCAAAGGAAUGUAUUUCUGUUCUAGAUAACCCUAUAUCCUUACAAAGUCGUACUACGUAGACGUGAAGAUGCUAUAUAAAUAAACUAUAUAAAUAUGUAUGUUCACAACAAUGUAUACUAUUUAUUACAUCACAUGGUAUUUGAGCGUGGUCUUUUUGGUAGGAAGAAAGCCAGCUACUACUGAUGCAAGUGCAUGUAUACCAGCCUGAGCAAACUGUGGAAAUCCCCAGUUAGAAGGCAAAGAUAUUCUUAUAUAUGUUCUUAUAUAAGAACUUGAUUGCUCAACCAUGAAUAUACCCUUUUUUUUCCCCCCUCAUUAUUUUUAUUACAUUGCUGUGUGUGUCACUUCUUAAUCAGGAAGUGACAACAGGCAGAUCUCUGGAAACAAGCAGACUAAGCAAAAAAGCAAACAAUUCAGGCAGUAAUAUUUUUCUCAGUACUCGAUUUGAAUAUUAUAGGUAUGAUAAACUUUUUUGGAGAAGAUAAACUCAAAUGGGCUCUCCUUUAUGCUUCUUGAGAUAGAUUUCAUCUUCAAUGACUUUCUUAUCUGAAUGUGUAGGUAGCUAACCAGACUCACCCCGAGUCCCUCAUUUAUAUAAUAAGAUCCACCAGACUGUAGCAAAUGCUCAACACUUAACAUACACAGCAGCUUAAUAAUGGCAGUCCCAGCAUAAAAAGUGAGAAAAAAAACAAGCAAACAAACAACAGCAGACAACCCACCAACAGGAUCCUGCAGUUCAUUCUUUUUAGUGAAGAUUUCUCAUAUUUUUUUCAAGAGGUCAGUGCUUGUAAUGAUGUGGUUGAAACUCUUUAGUAGUUCAUUUCUGUUCUUACAACUAUGUUUUCUGUUAUUUUGCAGAAAGGUCUUCCCUAACAAGAGUAAGUUGUGCUUACACAAUCUGCCAGUUUUGACUUGGUUUAAGCAACGUGUAAAACAGCACCUUUUUCACAUAUCUUAACUUCAAAGAAUGUCACUGCAUAGUGCUACCAGAUUUGCCAGUCAAGCAGUUCUUCAGGAGAUCUGUUUAGGGGAGAUGUUUUUAAAUGUGUAUUUUAAUCAUUCAUUUUCAGAUGCCACUUCCACCUGGAUGGCCAGAUAUUUUUGUUGAGAGUCUCCUACAGGUGCUCUCUCUUCACACUGUUUACAUGACUUAUGGAUUCUAGCCCAAUUAAAAAUGUUGUAUGUUGAUUGAGGCUUCUUUGAACUACACAGGGCAGUGACACUUGAGUUAAGACUGUUGAGAAAUAAAGACAGCUAACAAAUCAGUCCCAGCAAACACAUCGGCAGUCACCAAGGAGUUACAGUGCUAUGUCCUACCAGGAAAUUUUAGAUGUUUGCUGGCAGCCAAUGAAAGGCGAGAUAACAAUGCUGCUGACUCAUGAACAGGAAAGCUCCAACUGCAUUUGUAGCAGGCUCACAUCUGCAGCAGUAUCACUACAACACUGGUCGUCUUUAUGCUGGUAUUUCUAAAGGGAAUGGAAAUUGCUGCUUCAGGAUACAGCAAAUAUCAGAUGCUGUAAGUCUGAACAUCUCCUGCCUUCUCUUGGGAUUUACCUCUACCAGGGACUUUGGGGAUGGUGAUUGAGGAUCAGUGGAUUUCUUCACUCACUCAUCCAUGAGCAUCAACUGUACCCAGAUCUUCCGUUUCUGUCACUCAUAAGGAUCCUGUCAGUUGUAGCUGAAGGGCUGCAUUACCUACACAGCCUCCAGCCUGCUGUCUGCCACUGCAGCCUGAAACCUUCCAACAUCUUUUUGGAUGCACAGUGCUGAGCCAAGUUUUGGUAUAUUGUGCUGGGAGAGCAUAGGCAGACAGAAACCCUUUGAAGGACAAACAGCCCCACUGGGAGCUUUGACAGGGAUCUGUAACAGCUUACAGCCUGCCAAUUCAGAGAAGUUUAUAUCAAGCAAUUUGCCCAGGAGGAACAGACUGCUCCACUUUGUUGCUGUGUGCUGUCAUCAAGAACGAGAUUACAGGCCACGUGCUGCAGAAAGUGCAGACCUUCUAAAUGGGGUUUUGAUGAUUAUAAGUAAGAAGGAAAUUUCCACCGCAGUGUACAAUCUGAUGCAUGCAAAGGAGACAGCAAUUAAUGCAUGCAGAGGUUCAGAAGUACACACUUUGCAGACAGGCCUACAGAACUCAGAGGUCAUCUGUCAACAAAAACUCACCCAAGUAAUGAGCAAGAAAGUCCCUCCUGUAGUACCAAGUUCGUCACGUGUUCUACUUGGUAGCAGUACAAAUAUUGCAGGAAGCGAAAAUAUUCUUGAGGCUGAUCUGACAGGUCCUAUCACACAGCACUCAACAAAGAAAGAUUACCCACACUCUGACAAAAGAAAGCCUUUUUGUACUCUGCCCUUAUCUGGUCCAACUGCAGGCAGAGAAAACUGUCAGCAUAAGAAUCCACCACGGGCAGUCCACAGUCCACAAACCAUGCAACCUGAACAACCAGUGACUGAGGUCAUGAGCAUUUGGGACAGUACAUCUGAGUACAUGCUUCAGCAGUUUGCCCUCAAAAAGGCUGUGGCCGUAGAUGUCCUUGGCACUUUCUACAUCCUGAGAAAGCGCAUCUGCGAGGGGACCAGGCCCAUGAUUGUCCCCAGGUUCUACCUGUCACAACGAGUGGCACAGGCUCAGGGGCUCAUCUACACCAACAGCGACAUUCCUGAUGAUCUCAAAGUCGUCCCCCUGGACUAUUCCCAGCUGUCCCUGAAGACAUCCUUGCCAGAGAAGCUGGUGAAGGAGUGCGUGAAUGACAUCGUGGUCCUCUUCAGCUGGGGCGCAGGGCUGGGAGAGGACUACGACCUUGUUUUCAAGGGCAUUGGGGUUCUCAUGAGCCGGAAUCGGAUCCUCACAAUGAGGUACCGUGAGGAGUUUCUCCUUGCCGUUGAUCAGACAGGAGCUGCGCUGAAGUGUCUGCUCGCUAACCCGCAGACAGAGGUCUGUGUGCUAUCAGGCAGGGAACCGGCUGCUUUCCAUGUGUGUCCCGGGGGCAUCCGUGUGCUUCCAGGGUUUAAAAUUAAGCUGCCCUCUGAAAUAAAAGCCGGAGAGCUCUCCCCUGACAAGGAAGCCGAUGAGAAGGAAGGUGCACGGAGCUACCAGGAUAAGUACCUGCACCAGCAAAAGACACAGCCACCACACCAUCAGAAAGGGGACAGGGCUAUAGAAGGGAAUCAAAAGCACAGAAGGACUCCUAUGGACAAGUGAGGCUCGUGGGCAGGUGGAUGCGGGCAAGGCAUGACCUUGUCCUCGUGGCAGUUAGAAUCUGUGCUGGUGCGCUGUCUGCAUGGGCUCUGAGGGGCCUUCAGAUGGCAUUUCCCAGCUAGAGUGCAGGUGUACAUCAGGUCUGGGUGAGACACUGCCGUCAGCCUCACUUCCUUUCACUUUCUGUCCAGUGGUAUCUUCAGCCAGC